AGAGGUUGACCUUGAGCUGUAGUAGGAGCUCCUCUGCAUCUGUGUAUAUAUAACAGGGACACCAUCCCUGGCUUCUUCACAAUGCAACAAAGCAGGCCUUCAACUGUGGGUUAAGUGCUUCUGCUGCUAUCAUCUCAGCACCACUGUUUAGGCGUACACUCCUGAAACACCAGCAAUGCCACGAGUCGUGUCUGAUGGAGGAGAAAGCAUCGACACCGACGUCGCCAGCCGGACGUCAUCGCACCGUCGCGUGGACAGCGUCCAGCAUGGGCACGGCUACAAGGUCGGCGUCCCGCCGAAGAAGAGCCUCUUCGCCGAGUUCUCCGACGCGGUGAAGGAGACGUUCUUCGCCGACGAUCCGCUGCGGCAGUUCAAGGACCUGCCCAGAUCCAAGAAGAUAUGGCUCGGCUUGCAGCAAGUCUUCCCCGUGCUCGACUGGGGCAGGAACUACUCCCUCGGCAAGUUCAAGGGCGACCUCAUCGCCGGGCUCACCAUUGCCAGCCUCUGCAUACCACAGGACAUCGGUUAUUCCAAGCUUGCUAACCUGCCACCACAAGUCGGGCUAUACAGCAGCUUUGUCCCGCCUCUGAUAUAUGCGGCGAUGGGCAGCUCCAGGGAUAUAGCCAUCGGCCCAGUGGCUGUGGUGUCGCUGUUGCUCGGUACUCUCCUCCAAAAUGAGAUUGACCCGAACACGCACCCACUGGAGUACAGACGGCUGGCGUUCACCGCGACGUUCUUCGCAGGGAUUACUCAGGCUGCGCUUGGAUUCUUCAGGCUAGGGUUUAUCAUAGAGUUCUUGUCUCAUGCUGCCAUCGUUGGAUUCAUGGCCGGUGCUGCCAUCACCAUUGCUCUUCAGCAACUGAAAGGAUUCCUUGGAAUUGCACAUUUCACCAAGAAAAGUGAUAUUGUAUCGGUCAUGGAAUCAGUCUGGGGAAAUGUUCACCAUGGGUGGAAUUGGCAGACAAUACUGAUCGGCGCAUCCUUCCUGGCAUUCCUUCUGGUUGCCAAGUACAUUGGGAAGAAGAAUAAGAGGCUCUUUUGGGUCUCCGCGAUCGCACCACUCAUUUCAGUGAUCAUAUCCACCUUUUUUGUGUACAUCACUCGUGCAGACAAGCAUGGCGUUUCAAUUGUCAAGAACAUAAAGAAAGGUAUCAACCCACCUUCAGUUAGUCUCAUAUACUUCAGUGGCCCAUACCUGGCGACAGGAUUCAGAGUUGGGGCAGUAGCUGGAAUGAUAGGCCUAACGGAAGCAAUUGCAAUUGGAAGAACAUUUGCUGCACUGAAGGACUACCAGAUUGAUGGGAACAAAGAAAUGGUGGCUCUAGGAACCAUGAACAUUGUUGGUUCAAUGACUUCUUGCUAUGUAGCCACGGGUUCUUUCUCACGGUCAGCAGUUAAUUACAUGGCUGGCUGCACAACAGCAGUGUCAAAUGUUGUUAUGGCAAUUGUCGUAAUGCUUACACUGCUGUUGAUCACCCCAUUGUUCAAGUACACUCCCAAUGCCAUCCUUUCCUCUAUCAUCAUAUCAGCAGUGCUCGGCCUAAUUGACUAUGAGUCGGCCUACCUUAUCUGGAAAGUUGAUAAAUUGGACUUUCUAGCAUGUCUGGGAGCAUUCAUCGGGGUCAUAUUUUCAUCAGUGGAAUAUGGCUUGCUCAUUGCGGUUGCAAUAUCACUUGCUAAAAUUCUUCUCCAAGUAACACGGCCAAGAACAGCUUUACUCGGAAACCUUCCACGAACAACUAUAUACAGGAAUGUUGAACAAUAUCCAGAUGCUACCAAGGUUCCAGGCGUGCUAAUUGUUAGAGUGGACUCAGCUAUCUACUUCACAAACUCCAACUAUGUUAAAGAGAGGAUCCUGAGAUGGCUCAGAGACGAGGAGGAACAACAACAGGACCAAAAGUUAUCAAAAAUUGAGUUUCUUAUUGUUGAGCUAUCUCCUGUAAUUGACAUCGACACGAGCGGAAUCCACGCCUUGGAGGAGUUGUUAAAAGCACUUGAAAAGCGCAAGAUUCAGCUGGUUCUUGCCAAUCCUGGGCCAGUGGUGAUCCAGAAGCUCCGCUCAGCGAAGUUCACAGACUUGAUUGGUGAGGACAAGAUAUUCCUGACGGUCGGCGAUGCUGUGAAGAAAUUUGCUCCCAAGGUGGUGGAUAAUGUCUGAAAGAGUUUCAGAAUCAUGUACAGGAGGAGCAAAGAGAAGUCUAGCUAUUCUUUAUUAAACUCCAUGUUUGCCAGUGACCAGUGUGAAUUUAUAGAGUGGAAAGCAGCACAGAUUACAGAACGGGAGUAAAUGACAUGGUUUGCAAAAUGGUAAAUAAAGAAGAUGCGCUAGAGCUGGAGCACAUCAUGUUUGCAAGAUGUGGUUGGAUAAAAAGCAGAUGGUGGCCUAGUUGCGCGUCUAUGCGAGUCCGUGGUUGUGGAGUCCGUUCUCUGUUGGCAAGCACUUAGGAGAUCGAAGGUUUUAUUUGAUGGACAAGAAGAUAUCGGUGCCUAAUGAUUAACACAACACCACCUCAUCGUGAAAAAGAAUAGUGACCUGUUUGCGAUUUCAGUCUUUGUGUGCAUACAAUAGUCUAUCCCGUUCCCGUGUAAUUUCAAGCUUUACGGUGAGGUUUUACAUUUUGCUUAUGUAUACUCUGUUACGUUGAUGCAUUCCCAAGGGUUCCCUGACACCAAUUUUUUUUUUAAAAAAAAGCUCGAUUGUGGAGUGUGACGAAUUUGUUAAA